UCUCCUCUCCAUCAUCUCGAUCCCCUAUAAUUUUCUUGGGUUUUUCUAUAUUCCCAAGCUUUGAUUGCCUCACUUUCUGGGAAUAUAAUAAACACGUACGUGCACCCAGCUGCCAUGGCUGCCGUUGCUAGGCUCUCUCUGGCGAUGAUCACUCUGGCUUUUGCGGCCAUUUCCAUCCCUGCUUCUGCAGAUCCUGAAUUGCUCCAAGAUGUCUGUGUGGCUGAUCUUACUUCCGCGGUGAAGGUGAACGGAUAUCCCUGCAAGUCAAGCUUCAACGCCUCAGACUUCUUCUUCGCCGGCCUGGCCAAGCCCGGCCUCACCAACAACACAAUGGGAUCAAAGGUGACCGCCGCCAAUGUGGAGAAAAUCCCGGGGCUCAACACGCUCGGCGUCUCCCUCUCCCGCAUCGACUACUCUGCCGGCGGCCUCAACCCGCCGCACACCCAUCCACGCGCCACAGAGAUGGUGUUCGUCCUGGAGGGCGAACUGGUCGUCGGCUUCAUAACCACCGCCAAUGCGCUCGUUUCCAAGACCAUCCAGAAGGGUGAGAUCUUCGUCUUCCCCAGAGGCCUGGUUCAUUUCCAGCAGAACAACGGCAAGAAGCCGGCCGCCGUCAUCGCCGCCUUCAGCAGCCAGCUGCCCGGCACCCAGUCCAUCGCCGCCACCCUGUUCACCGCCUCGCCGCCCGUGCCGGACGACGUGUUGACCAAGGCCUUCCAGAUUGGCACCAAGGAGGUGGAGAAGAUCAAGUCAAAGCUUGCACCGUCCAAGUAGAUUGAAAGUAAUUGAUGCCCAGGUUUCUUUUACUGUCGAGGAACCAACAAUAAUAAUUAUUGUUCCUGCAAGAACCCAUUAAUUGUUGUAUUUUGUGUGACAUUUUCAUUUCAUAUAGCCUUAACAGCAAAUAAGAUGCCUCCAGAGAUGAAUUUGGGUUGCUUCUGUUCUGUUAAACCAAUUUUCAACUUUUUAUACCCAUAUUGUAACCGUCGGUUAUAUGAACGUUGGAUGACAUUUUGUUGUCGGUAUAAUGCAUACUUUCUCGUAAA